ACGCACACACACACACACACACACACACACACACACACUGAGCUAUCCGGCAAGAGGAAAGAGGGGAAAUACAGAACGAGUGUGCAUUCAUGGUGUGUGUGUGCGUGUGUGUGUUGUGAAUCAGUUGUGUUGACUGUGUACAUGGAGUGAAGACCAGUGCGUCCGCCCGGCCGGCAUGGGAGGACUGGCCGGCUCUGGACUUGUUAUGGACUGGUUGAACCGAAGCAGAGGUGCUGAUAUUUGCUGAAGAUGAGUAGUGGGAGGGCGGACAGCCCGGAGCCCCCCCGAGGGGGAGAGUCUCUGAAGAGGAAGGACUGUCAGUCGGACCUCCUGGGACCCAGCCCGAAGAGGAGCACCGAGAGGAGGAACCGGGAGCAGGAGAACAAAUACAUCGAGGAGCUGGCCGAGCUGAUCUUCAACAACAUCAACGACAUGGACGACCUGAACGUCAAGCCGGACAAAUGUGCCAUCCUCAAGGAGACGGUGAAGCAGAUCAGGCAGAUCAAGGAGCAGGACAAAGCUCCGGUGGCGGAUGCUGAGGAGGUGCAGAAGGCCGACGUCUCCUCCACGGGACAGGGCGUCAUCGAUAAGGACGCCCUUGGGCCCAUGAUGCUGGAGGCCCUGGACGGCUUCUUCUUCGUGGUCAACGUGGAGGGCAACAUCGUGUUUGUCUCGGAGAACGUGAGUCAGUACCUGCUCUACCAGCAGGAGGAGCUGAUGAACACCAACGUCUACAGCGUGCUGCACGUUGGAGAUCACGCCGAGUUCAUAAAGAACCUGCUGCCGAAGAGCAUGGUCAACCAUCGCAGCGGUGACCCCUCCCACAGGAACAGCCACACCUUCACCUGCCGCAUGCUGGUCAAGCCUCACGUAGACGGAGACGAUCAGCCGACCUCUGACCUGCAGGACACGGCGCCGCAGAAGUACGAGACCAUGCAGUGCUUCGCUGUGUCCGAACCCAAGUCCAUCAAGGAAGAGGGGGAAGAUUUCCAGUCUUGUCUCAUCUGCGUGGCGAGAAGAGUCCCGGUCAGAGAGAGACCUGUGAUGAAGUUCACCACACGGCAGGACCUUCAAGGUAAGAUCACAUCGCUGGACACCAGUCUGCUGCGGGCGUCCAUGAAGCCGGGCUGGGAGGACCUGGUGCGACGCUGCAUUCAGAGGUUCCACCUGCAGAACGAAGGCGACAUGUCCUUCGCCAAAAAACACCAGCAGGAAGUGUUGAAGAACGGCCAGGCGCUCAGCCCCAUGUACAGAUUCUCCCUGGCAGACGGGACCACGGUCUCGGCUCAGACCAGGAGCAAGCUGGUCCGGUCUCCCACCACCAGUGAGCCUCAGCUCUACAUGUCGCUGCACAGCCUGCAGAGGGAUAAUGUUGGUGGACUGACCACAUAUGCACCAGGCGGGCAGGUCGUGGUCAAGCCGAUGACCCCGACCAGUGCGAGUGGUCCCUCCGCUUCCCCUGACGCCAGCGUCACCAGCAACUCCCACCACUCCAUGUCAGCGCCCAGCACCCCUGGACGGGGUUUCGGGGGGGCGUCGGGUCGGGCGUCCACGCCUCAGGGGAACAGCCACGGCCCUUCAGCCCAGGGCAGCCCCAGCGUCAGCUCCGGGGCCCAGGGCGCCAUGCUGUCUCCUCGCCAUCACCAGAGUCCCGGCGUCCCGGCCAGCAGCAGCAGCAGCUGUAGCAGCCCUCACCUCCCGCAGCACCCCCCAGGUUCCUUAUCUCCUGGCGGCGGCCUCCACUCGCCCGCGUCGGUGUGCAGCAGCACCGGGAACAGCCAGGUGUUCAACUCCCUCAGUGCCCUGCAGGCGCUCAGCCAGGGCCACCGGGUCGCCCAGGAUCCAGAGUCACCUGACAGGAAGCUGGCCGGCCUGCAGAGCCCGCUCCGCUGCAGCAGCACAGGAAGCAGCCAGCUAGCCAAGAACCAUCCCGGCUCCGAGGCUGACCUGUUUGGGACUUUUGGGGAGCAGCAGGACUUGUUGUUGUCCCAAAACCAGGAAGGUGAGCAGGAGGAGGACAAGGACGGUGACCCCGACAGCUUGGACAGUAACGGCGGUGAGCUCGGCGACGCCACAAACCGGCUUCUCAACACCAAAGGGCACACGAAGCUGCUCCAGCUCCUCACCACCAAGUUAGAACCCUCCGACCCCGGCUCGCCCCCGGGGGCCCUCAGGGACGAGCAGAACUGCAAGGACCCGCUGAGCCGGGUCGGGGGGAACAACUACUCCACCUCGUUAAAGGAGAAGCACAAGAUCCUCCACAGGCUGCUGCAGAACAGCACCUCGCCCGUGGAGCUGGCCAAGCUCACGGCGGAAGCUACCGGAAAAGACGCCAUCGGUCCCGAGUCGGCUUCUGCGGACAACAUGGCGUCGCUGGCUGAACUCUGCAUCAAGCAGGAGCCGGGUUCCCCCAAGAAGAAAGACAACGCGCUGCUACGCUACCUGCUGGACAGGGAUGAUAACGGCAUCCUGGACAAAACAGCGAAGAUGGAGCCGGGCGAUGGACCGAAGAUAACCAACAUUAAGACGGAGAAACAGGAAGUGGGUUUCAACAUGGCGGACCAGAGCAGUGAACUCGAGGACCUUCUGGACGACCUGCAGAGCGGCGCCCAGCAGCAGCUGUUUGGAGCCCAGCCACCGGCUAGAGGACCACCCUCCUCUUCCUCCUCUUCCUCCUCUGUCCUUCCCGGGUCCUCGGUGGACAAACAGACCAUCAUCAGCGACAUCCUGCACAUGAGCGACAACAGCGGCGGCAGCAGCAGCCCCCCCGGCCAGCACAGAGCCUUCCCCCCCAUGGGCCCAGCAACAGGUUUCAGUGGAGCCAGGCAGCCCCCCCCGGGCCGAGCUGCUCCCCCGGUCAGGAGCAUGUCCCUGGACGGCAGCAUGGGCGCCAACCCCAACGCCGCCAGGUCGUUCCCUCCUCACCACAGGAACAUCAGCCCCUACACCUUACUGCAGCAUCAGCAGCAGCAAGGCAUGAUGGGAAGUCACGCCGGCAUGAACAACCAAGCUGCCAUGGCCAACUCGGGCAUGCUGACCAACGGGUCGAUGAGAGGCUCCAUGCAGCAGGGCUGGGGUCCCCAGGGGCCGAUAGGGGGUCCCCAGGGGCAGAUGAUGGGCCAGGGGAUGGGACCGGGGCGCAUGGUCCCCACCAUGAACACUGGGCUCCCCACCAGAGGGCCCCCUGGAUCCAGAGCCAUGGUGAACAUGCAGAUGAUGGGAAAUGAGAUGGAGAUGGCGAACCCUUCCUACCCUCAGCAGCAGGCCCCGCCCAAUCAGACGGCCCCAUGGCCAGACCGGAUGAUGAUGGAUCACUACGGAAACCAAAGCAGGUACGGCGUUCCCCAGGCGGAGGGGAUGGGCUGUUGCUCCAUGGCGCCCGAGGGCCAGCCGGACGAGGGGGCGCUGCUGAACCAGCUAUGCUCGGUGCUGAAGGACUACGAGGGUCUGGAGGAGAUCGACAAGAUGCUGGGAAUCCCAACGCUGGCCAGACAGGCUCCUCUGUCGGACCAGGACGGUAUGAAGCCCCCCCAGUACAGCCAACACUACGGCGGGCAGCCAGGUUAUGGCGGCAUUCCGUCUGAUGGCGGGUUCCACGGACCCUCCAUGCUCGGCCACAUGGGGCAGCAGAGGAUGCCACCUGCUGGUUACCCCCCAAUGAUGAGGAUGCCUGGUGGGGUGGGGCCCAGGCAGGCAGGAAUGAGGCCGGGGGGUCCCGGUGCCGGAGUUCCACCGCAGCCCAACAACCUGAGGCUCCAGCUGCAGCACAGGCUCCAGGCACAACUGAACCGUCAGCCGGGGGGGAACCAGAUGAGUGGAGUCUCCAACAUGAAUCUACCUCUAAGGUCUAAUGUACCAAACCAGGGAACGCUCAACGCCCAGAUGCUCGCCCAGCGGCAGCGCGAGUACCUCAGCAACCACCUGCGCCAACGCCAGCAGCAGCAGCAGCAGCAGCAGCAGCAGCAGCAGCAGCAGCAGCAGCACCUGCACCACCAGCGGGCCAUGAUGAUGCGGACCCAGGGCCUCGGCAUGCCCAGCGGGGGGGCGGCGCCCACGCCCAUGCCCAUCGGCGGCACCAACCCGCGUCUCCCGCAGGGCAACCCGCAGCAGUUCCCCUACCCGGCCUCCAGCUACGGUACCGGCCUGCCCUCUCCUCCUCCACCUCCUCAUCCCAGCUCCUCCUCCAGCCCCUUCUCCUCCUCCCUCUCCCCCAGCCGACAUCUGAGUAGCCAGGGCAUGAUGGGAAAUGUAGGCGGGCAGUACGGCGGGGGGGUAAUGAGUCCGCCGGCUCAGCACAGUGCCUUCCAGUUCAGCAGCUCAGGGAUGAGCCAGCAGCAGCAGCAGCACCAGGAUCCGGUGUCGGGCUUCUCCUGUGGGGCCGCGACCCCCCAGAGCCCCCUGCUGUCCCCCCGGAUGGGGCAGGGUCAGAGCCCCAUGCUGCUGCAGAGCCAGGGCCAACCCCAACCCCAGGGUCCCAACCAGGGAGGACCCCCCAGCUACCAGACCAGCACAGACCUCAACGGGUGGUCCCAGGCGGCCAACAUCUCCACCAGCAACAGUGUGUACCCACAGCAGUCCCAGUCCCAGUUCUCCACACAACCCAACGCAGGAAUGUACAACGGCAACAACCACGGCAUGAACCUGGGAGUCCUGUCCGGCAGCGGUGGCAACAUGAGCCAGAUGUCAGGACAGAUGAGUUCCAUGAGCACAGAGCAGGUGAGUGACAACAGCCUGAUCCUGGAGCAGCUGUGUCAGGAGCUGACGCAAGACGAUGACACCAGUUCUAACUUCUGCUGACCCCUGCUGAGGUCAGGGGUCAGAAACACCAGCUUCAGCUCAUGAAGAAACGAGGAGUGGGAUGGAAACACUGCCCCCCCCCCCUCACUCGUGAAGGACAUGAUGUAAAAACCCUCUGAGCUGCAUCCACUUCACUUCGGCUCGUUCAGAAGAUCAGACUUUAUAAGGAAGCUGCGGUCUGAGCCAUCCUAACAGCAAACACACAAACUGAAGAAUCACAUUGUCACAGCACAUUCAGGUUUUUAUGAUUCAUUCCUAAGUUAUGAGAUAAUUUACAUGUGUCUGGAAAUUCGGAUUCAAGCUGGAGUCGGAUGAAACGAAAGCAGAACAUCCAUUAUAAUCUUCACUAACUCCUUCAUUUUUAAGUUAAUGUCGACUAAACACUGGGUUUUAACUAAGAAAACGUUUCAUAUUCUUUUCAAAAUAAAAGGAAGCACGAUAAACACUGAAAUACAAACAGAGACAGGUUUUGCUGUUAGCAUGUGCUCUGAUCAGAUGAAUGUAUUCCUAAGCUUUUACCUGUGGGUCUCUCAAGUCUCUGAAGCAGUGUGUGUGUGUGUGUUUGUGUGUGUAAGUGUGUGUGUGUGUGUGUGUGUGUGUGUGUGUGUGUGUGUGUGUGAGAGCGAGAGACUGAAACCAGUUCCCAGAUUGACACUGGAGAAGUGAACGAUCGACAAGCAUAAACAAAACCUCUUGAUUUUAACAUUUAUGGUUCUAUUUUCGAGCCCGACUGAAAGACGUCAAAUUAGACGUUUCUGGAAAAAAAACAAUAUUUAAAAAAAAGAUAUUUAUAGUUUUGAAGAAAAUUUUUAGAGAGAUUAUUUGUAUGACAUGAAAAAGAAAAAUCAAGGAUAUCUUUCUUCAAAAUGAAAUCUCUUCAGAAUGGUACAUUUUGAUGUCGAUUUUAAUAUAAUUAAUAUAUUUCAACUGCUGUAGUUACUGGGGAGCUGUAUCCCCGUCUAAUGACUUUUUGAAUGAAGGUAAAUGUGUAUAGAUAGUGUACAUACUUAGAUUUAUAAAAAAAAUACAUUUUCCCCAGAGUGGUAAAGCAAAGCAGCAGAAGAGAAAUCAUUUCACAGGUUGAGUGAAAACCUCAGUGGGCGACUUGGCUAGCAUUAGCAUUAGCAACUCCAAGCUUUCUGGUUAAAGAGCAGAUUGUUUUUCAAAUACACGUAAUAUUUCUUUUUUCUCCUGGUCGGACGCUUUGGUUCUGAAUCACACGGCUUCUCGGCUGUUUCAUCAUCAGGUCAAAAUUCAGAUUCCUGCGGUUUAUGACUAACAAAACCACCAUCGCUUCAAAUGCUAACACUCUAAACUAAGAUGGCGUCCGUGAGUAAACGCCGCUGAACUCCAUCCUGUUGUUUGUGCGUUGGCUCCGCCCACUGAGAUGUUUUUCCACUGUGAACAUUUCUGCCUCCGAAGCAGCUUUGCCUCGACACAACUUGUGUGUGUGAAACUAAUAAAAACUCUUAUUUGAAAUGAGGCUUCGUGGUGGCGACGCACUGGCAGGACUCACCUUUGAAUUACAAGCUGAAGGAGAAAGUUGUGUGUCGGUUUGUUGUGUGUCGGCUGCGAUCUUUGAACGACGACACAUUCUCUUCGUGCCCCUGAACCGUCGACUGCAAAUAAAGACAGACCAUGUUUCUCCUGAUUUGAAGCCAAAGUCGUGACUCGUAAUUAAAACUAGCUAAACUAACAGAAAAAUGUAUUUAACAUACUAAGUACUUUGGCUCAUUAGUUUGGUCCAUUUCCCAUCUGCUAACAUGGAGGAGGGGAGGUCACCAGGGGGCGAUAGAGGGGAUUUGGCUUCACUUUUCUGAGCUACUACGUCGUCCAUCUUUUAUUUCAAGUGUAAGAAAGACGUGAAGUCACAGACUGGACCUCAGACAUCGUGAGGAUACUUGAACUGAACCGAUUUAAAAGGUGCUCGCUCACAUGAGCUUGUAAAACUCACUGGAACUACGACACACGUGGAUUUGUUAUGUGUACGAAUGAUUUUACAAACUCAUAAAUGUAAACUCAUUCUGACUGAUACACUAUUUCUUUCUCUUACUCUCUCUAUUCAUAGAAACACGUGUGAUCAAUUGCAAAAUACUGUAAUGCAUGAAUGUACCUGAAGAUGCUAAACACGUAGCAUAAGGCCUUAGCUCUGUGGUUGGCUGGUGUGUAACUGUAAAGUUUGCAGGUUGUUGUAUGUGUCACACUUCAUACUGUAGAUGUAAAAAUUACACAACCAGGAAUUUGAAUCUUCUCUCCCAAGAAACGACACAAACCGAAUUAAUUCGAAUUCAUAACAAUGCUUUUUUAUCGCAUUUUGUAAUGAAAAGUCUUUAAGUUUGUUGUUUUUACCUUUGCUGGAGCUACAUCAGUUUAUCUCUAUCUGGAUUUUGCAGGAUUCUAGUUCUGCCAAAAUAAAACACACAUCUCUGAUAUGAAAUCCUCCCACAUUGCACAAAAUUAGAAAAUAUUACUGCAGCUUAGAGGGAAAGUCAAAAUGCUCUCAUGUGGUUUCUGAGAUUUCACUUUAACAACCGUUUUGUGGAGGGAUGAAUAUCAGCAUCACAGAUUUUCAGAAAAAGCUCCAAACAAAUGUAAAAAUGAAGAUGUGUCCUGAAUACAAUAAUCUAUAAAUUUAAUCCAAAAAUGAAAUCUGUAAUAUUUCUUUUGUGCUGUAAUGUUUUUAGAGAAUAUUCAAAAUAUUUUUAGGACCAGUUUGAUUUGAGGUGUUUCUCAGUAAAAUGAUAUUUCCGAGCAAAAAGGUCAAAGUGUGAGAAGAGAGUCUGAGUUCACAGAUCCGUGUCUGCAGGUUUUCAGGAGGUCGUCGGUUCAGUUCUUUACUCACAGUGAGUGUGUUAUUAUGCAAAAGUCCAGACGUUCACACCACUUUAUGCAAGCUGUUCCCACUAAUGUUGCUUCUGCCAAUGCUACUCGUUAAUUUAUGAUUCAUGCCACUGUAAAUAAAUUAUUUUUAUGGA